AGUAUUCCUGUCAAGACACCUGUCAAGACUUGAUAAGACAUGGGUAAUACUGGGCAUGGAGUAGAUAAAGCUUAACAAACCGAUAACGACGGAAUUCAUGAAGCUUGACCACGAACUUGGAAAAUGCAACGUUGAUGCUACUAAAUCCUUACUUUACAGGCUAAUCUUUCCUCAGCUGUGGUCGAUUUUUGGUCUUCUAAUAAGUACAUUUUGACAUCUUUACAGUCUGCUGCGCGUAGACGACAUUAGUCCACUAAUGUUUCUGAGUCAAUUUGGUGGAGGUUUAGAAAUAAUGCAUCCUACUAUUCAAAAAGACACAACUUACACAAAGAUAUUUGUCGGCGGUUUGCCAUAUCACACCAACGAUGUUUCUCUUCGGAAAUAUUUCGAAACAUUCGGGGACAUUGACGAGGCAGUUGUGAUAACGGACAGACAGACUGGGAAAUCAAGAGGAUACGGCUUUGUCACCAUGAUGGACCGGGGUGCAGCAGAGCGGGCCUGUAAAGACCCCAAUCCCAUCAUUGACGGCAGGAAGGCCAAUGUGAACCUAGCAUACCUGGGAGCCAAGCCACGAAGUCCACAGACAGGUUUCUCGGUGGGUGUUCAGCAGGUACACCCAGCACUGAUCCAGAGGCAGUAUGGGCUGGCCCAGCAGUAUGUGUACCCCCAGGCCUUCCUGCAGCCCAGCCUGGUGCUCGGGUCCCAGCUCAGCCCCACAGCUGGCCUCAGCCCCCCCUUCCUGGACUACUCCUCCGCCUACACUCACUACACCACCCCGACCACAGGCCUAGAGCACUACCCCUACACCCCCUCUCCCUCGCCCUCUGCAGGGUACUUGGGCUACAGCUUCUCCCCUGCCACCCCUGGCCUGGGCGUCACUGGGCCCCCUACCCCGCCCACGCCAGCCCACCCUCCCCUUGGUCCCCUCUCUGGGUUCUCGGCCCCCCCAGCUGCCUUCCUGCAAUUCCCCCUCCAGCAGCCAGACCGCCUGCAGUGAGAGAGCAGUCCUCUGGGAGAGAGAGGUGGGGGCAACUGCAACUACUCUAACUGAUCUGUAACAUGGAGAUUUGAACAUGGGGACUACUGCACUAUUAUGUGACAUCAUCAGUCCGAGACUGGAUAAUCUUAUAAUGGGAGUGUGGAAUCCAAAGGGCUCUGUAUAAACCCACCUAAACUUCCUUUAGUUUUUCUAUUACCAUUGUUAUUGCUAUUGUAGUUACCUUACUGAACAGAGACGAUGCUGUUGCUCCUGUCAUUGAGAUGAUAUGAUUGUCUGUUGCUACUGGAAGUCAGAUGCCAUAUGGGAUGGAGGGAUGAAAAGAGGAGACUAACCUGGAGGAGGAUCAACCUUCCUUACUUAAAAAUUGUCUAUAUGCAGUAGCAGGGUGAAGAUGAUGAGGGCAGCUGUGGUAAACCCUCUCACCAUCCUAAGGUACUGAACACACCCAGGUCUAAUGAACAGUUUGUCAGGAAUACCUUUCUGUACGUGGCCUUGAAAUCACUCUGUCAGUUAGCUUUUAUCUUCCUUUUAUAGUUCUUGUACACGUUUAGUUAAACAAUAUCUUGAUACUUCCUCUGUAUGUCUGUCUUUGUUCUUUUUUUCUUCUUUUUUUUACAUCAGUUGCUGACAGGAAUCUACAAGUGUAAAUGAACACAGUUUAAAUGAAUAUGCAAUUGUUCUAUUAGGCCAAACAUAGGAAUUAAUAUGUAUAGGGUAAGACAACACUGUAACAAAUAAUAAUAGCGAUAAUCAUGUUAAGGCAGUUUUGUGGCGAGCAUAUUUACAUGUUUUGGUUCAUUAUUUCAAUGUGUUGAGCAGCAGCUGAAUGAGUGUGUGUCUAAAGGCUGUCCUCCAUCAGUUCUGUGGUACCAGGGAGAGACAGGACUGACUAGCUGCCUGCUAGUAAUGUUGUUGUUUAUAUGCAGUUUGUAGCUGUGUGUAUGUGUGUGCGUGUGUGUGUGUGUAUGUAUCAACCCUAUUAUAGUUGACCAUUGUGUGUGAGAGUUGUCCCUUGUUUCCCCAGCAGAGCAGCUCCAGGAGAUCUGCAUCAUGUCCAAUGAAGCCAUACAACAAAAGACCAGAGAAAUAUGCAAAAUAAACCUCCAGUGUCUAGAAUAGAAAAUACUUGCCUCAUUAUCAUUAUUAUAAUGUCUUUCUUGAUGCGUAACAUUUAAUUACACGGUGUAAUUGAUCAUUUGCUAUCUAUGUAGGUACACAAACUUUUGGCACGGAUGCCAUUUCUUCUGGAUCAGCUGGUGUUCCAGUAGUACAACAUAGACCCUGCAUCUUGGUUCUCAGUCCUUUCAACUGGCUUCACCUGCGCAUCAACUUUUAGAUCCUAGAAACUGAAGUACUACAUCAUACUAUAUACAAAUACAGUCUAAGAAGCAUGACAAAGAGGGGGAGGAAGUCACAAGCUUGGCCCCAGCGUCAUUAUCACAGAUACAAUGCCCCUCUCAGGGACCAGCUCCAUCCAGGAGAUCUGCCCCACCUCUUCCCUCCUCCCUCAUCCUCCUUCUUUCCUCUCUCUGCCUCCAAUGUCGUUUGGCUCCUCUUGCUGCCUUCUCUUGUUGUUUGACUAAACAGGUCAACAGUGUGCACAUUUCCUCCCUGUAGAUUCACUGUGUGACACAAUAUCCUGAUAUCUGCAUUGAGUCAGGCCCAUAAUGCCAUUAUCCUGGAAGUGUUUAGCUGUGGCGCCACCCUGUGUCCACUCCUAUGCACUGCAAGGUCUUGUAAGCAUGGAAUUAUGAAAUCAUGAAUUAAACAAAUGUGACAUGUUUUUUAUAUCAA